CCCAGUGACAAAACUGCAGUAAAGAAAAAAAGCACACACACCCAAGUGUUGAGAGCAGGAAACAACAUGGAUGAACUCGAUUUGCUGUUAGAGGAGCUGGCUUUGAGUCCUACAGGUUCAAACAGUCUCCAGGAAACCACCGCUGCAACUGGUGGACAGGCUCCAGCUGCCAUUCUUGCCAGUGACAAAAAGAAAGAGAAAAACUCAGCCAGCUCUAAUGUCUACAGUGACCUACCUGCGCCUGUUGCAGCUGCUCUGCCUCCGGACUCACCAACUCUAGAACUGGAGUCUAUCUUGCAAGACCUGAUGGGUUUAGCAGAAGGGAACCACUUACCUCCAUCGGCCCCUCCACCGCUGACACAGAAGCAGACUGCAAAGAAAAAAAACGAGGAUGGGACAUCAGGGCAGAAGGACAGCGACAGCAGCAGUAGCAGCGGCCCAGCAAGUUCCAACCCAAAACCCUCGAUCCAGACGCAGAAAACAGAUUCUAUAGAUGACCUGCUUGGAGGGCUGAGCUCGGACCUGGAGAAGAUCGGUGUGCGCACCACAGCCAAAGGCCACUGUGCUGCAUGCAACAAAUGCAUUGUUGGAAAGAUGAUCACAGCUCUGGGUGAGGUGUGGCACCCUGAGCACUUUGUGUGUAUGGUGUGUAAGGAGGAGCUGAGCACAACAGGCUUCUUUGAGAGAGAGGGACGGCCGUAUUGUGACAAAGACUACCAUCAGCUCUUUUCUCCACGCUGCGCCUACUGCCAGGGGCCGAUAUUGCAGAACAUCUUGACAGCUCUGGACCAAACUUGGCACCCAGAGCACUUCUUCUGCACACACUGCGGAGACCUGUUUGGGCCAGACGGCUUCCUGGAGAAGGAUGGAAAACCAUACUGCUGCAAGGACUUCUACCACCUUUUUGCUCCCAAAUGUUCAGGCUGUGGGGAGUCCGUUAGAGAGAACUACCUGACUGCAGCCAAUGGCACCUGGCAUCCAGAGUGCUUCGUCUGCGCAGACUGUCUGAAGCCGUUUAGCGAUGGCUGUUUCAUGGAACUGGACGGUCGGCCCCUCUGUUCCACCCACUUUCACGCCAGGCAGGGCACCCUGUGCGGGGGUUGUGGGAAGCCCAUCACUGGCCGCUGUGUUUCAGCUCUCGAUCGCAAGUUUCAUCCUGAGCACUUUGUUUGCGCCUUUUGUCUGCGGCAACUCAGCCACGGGAUCUUCAAGGAGCAGAAUGGAAAGCCCUACUGUUCAGCUUGCUUCAACAAGCUCUUUCUAUGAGACAUUUACAGCAAGUCACUCAAAGAUGAAGACAUAAUGUCUAAUGUUGGAAGAGGAUGGCUAUUUUCCCACAUCAGUGAGCUGAAUUAUCUAUUAUUAAUAAUAUUGCAUUCCAAGGUUGUAUCUCUGUUUACUGAAUGAGGUAAUAAGAUUCCAUGCUCUUUAUCCUAAUACCACUAAAUAAAAUGUAGGACACAUA